GGGCUGAUGGGAGGUCUGAGGACCUGUUAGAAACCACGUGGCCCUCGUCUGAUCUCGCAGCUCGUCCUUGUUUGGCCUCGGCUGCAUCAGAGCGCCACUUCUCCCCAGGUUCACCAGAGGAAACGCCACUGCACACAAUGCUUUCCCUCCCAGCUGCUGCUCUGUGCUGUCUGUGUUCAGCGCUGGUUGCCAUGGCAGCAGAGCUGAUUCAGGAUGAUUUAACAUUGACCAGGAGAGUUGGUGAAGCUGUCGCCAUCAGCUGUGGAGGAUCUGACCAGUGUUCUACUAAUUAUGUAUACUGGUACCAGAAGAAAGACAGAGAAGCAUUCACACGGAUUCUUAGAAUUACCAGGAGUGAUGGUCAAGUUUAUUCAGGCUACAAUCAUCCUCAGAUAAAUGAUUUCUCAGCUGUGAAUAAACAGAACGGCUGUGAGUUGAAGAUCCAGAAAGCUAACGUCUAUCAUUCAGCCUCCUACUACUGCUCCUGUUGGAAGAGAGUUACCCACAGAUACUACUACUACAUCUUUGGCUCUGGAACUAAACUGUAUGUAACAGAUGAGCAGAUGGUGAAGCCCGUGGUGAGCGUGUACCCAGCAGCAUCCAGAGCCCACCUGGAGGGGAAGAGCUCCCUGCUGUGUCUGGCCUCAGCCAUGUUUCCUCCUCUGGUCCAGUUCUCCUGGAAAAGACAAAAGGAGAAUGGUCCUCUGGAGGAUCUGCCCUCUGCUGAGGGAGAGCAGCUGGAGUUCAGAGAGUUGGGAUGCACCGCCGCCAUCAGAGUUAUUGAUCGUGACGCUCUCAACACAUAUAAAUACCGCUGCUAUGUCCAGCACGAGGGGGGCACAGUGGAGGCCCAAACAGAACAAGGGGUUUCUGCACCAACAUCACCUCCAACAUCACUUCAAACAUCACUUCCAACAUCACCUUCAACAUCACCUCCACCAUCAACUCCACCAUCAAUUCCAACAUCACCUCCACCAGCAGCCUCAGUCCAGUAUCAGUGCAGGGUGAAGCUGCUCUGUCUGCUGUACACAGUGCUGAUAGUGAAGAGUCUGGUAUACUGCUGUGGACUCUCUUUGCUGAUGAUCCUCAGAAACAAGGGACCGUCCACCAACUGCACACAAGCUGACUGACUGUUUUCUGCUCGCCUUUUCUCACCAUCAAAUCUCAUCAAUUCAUCUCAUUUAUCACUUUGAUCAGCUGUCGGAAAUGUCAAUUAUGACGUGUUGUGGUUGGUUGUAAAAUCUAUCUUUUUAUGCAUAGGUUAGAUACAGUCAUGCUAAAAAUAAAUAUACAAAUAUAUUUACAGUAACUAAGUAUACAUUCUGUGGUAUAGUGAUAUUUCAAUAGUUUAUUUCCACUUUUUGUGACUCAUAUAAUAAUAAAAAAUGAAGCUGAAUCAUUUGCUGUCUUGUAGAUAUUUUAUUGUUUAUAGUAUUUUUCUGUUCUAUUUUUUCUAUAUAAUACAUUAUGCAGAGUGUGGCAGGUUUGUCAAAGUCUUUCAGUGUAACAUUCUCAAUAAACUGAAAAAUCACA